AAUUUCAAAACAAGCCUUUUAAAACAAGUGGUGGAUAUGAAAAUAGUGGUUGCCGUGGCUCCAGAUUAACCACGAAACCAUACAAGAACAAUCUUAAUCUUAAUGGAAUACACUACAAUACUGUGCAUAGCAAAGUAGUAGCUGCUGUUACGAAGUUCCACAAAACUUUGCAUAACAAAUAAUCUGUAAUGGAAAUCAGUGGACUCACAGCGCUGACUUGGUCUCAUACCGUCUGUCCUUCUCUUCACGUUCCUCAACCCCUCUUUGCCAGGGAUGCUAGGAGGCUUAGGGUUUGGUGUGCCACUGAUCAAAGCUCCAAGGGAAAUCGAAUGAUCAUAUCUGUAACUGGAGCAACAGGUUUUAUAGGUAAAAGGUUGGUGCAAAAGUUGCAAGCAGAAAAUCACAGCGUUCAUGUCCUGACUCGCUCUAAAUCUAAAGCAGAACUAAUUUUUCCCGUGAAAGACUUUCCAGGAGUCAAGAUUGCCGAGGAGCCCGAAUGGAAAGAUUGCAUUCAUGGUUCAACAGGUGUUGUGAAUUUGGCAGGAUUGCCGAUAAGUACCAGAUGGUCUUCUGAGAUUAAGAAAGAUAUCAAGCAGAGCAGGAUAAGAGUGACUUCAAAAGUUGUAGAAUUGAUUAAAAGUGCACCAAAUGAUAUUCGGCCCAAAGUUUUGGUUAGUGCAACAGCUGUUGGUUAUUAUGGCACUAGUGAGACACAAGUAUUUGAUGAACAAAGUCCAUCAGGAAAGGAUUACCUGGCUGAGGUUUGCAGAGAAUGGGAAUCAACGGCUCUAAAGGUUAAUGGAGAUGUUAGAGUGGCUCUAAUUCGCAUAGGUGUUGUUCUUGGUAAAGAUGGUGGAGCUCUAGCUAAAAUGAUACCUCUCUUCAUGAUGUUUGCUGGUGGACCUAUAGGUUCUGGAAAUCAGUGGUUUUCCUGGAUUCAUCUGGAUGACAUUGUCAAUUUAAUAUAUGAAGCACUAACAAAUCCAUCCUACAAAGGAGUUAUCAAUGGAACUGCACCAAAUCCUGUGAGAUUCUCAGAAUUGUGUGAACAGUUGGGACAUGUCUUGGGUCGUCCCUCGUGGUUGCCGGUGCCUGACUUUGCACUUAAGGCUGUUCUUGGAGAAGGUGCUUCUGUGGUUUUAGAAGGGCAAAGAGUGGUUCCUACUCAAGCGAAGAAGUUGGGUUUUUCAUUCAAAUAUUCAUACGUGAAGGACGCCCUUAAAGAAAUUAUUUCUUGAAGCUUAUUACCAUAACAACUGUCUUAUUCUUUAUUCUUUGGAUUCAUGCAUUAGCCUUUCCAACAUAUGAGUGAUAUUGAGAUUUCUAAAGCAAUAUAGUUUUUUUGGAUGAGUAAAAUUUUAUUAGUUUAUCUGA